UACGGUGAGUGCCAACCAGCGCUACCAGCGAUCGAUGUCACUAAUUGUCCUAAGAAGCAGUGCUUCGAAGAGUUGGGCUGUUUUUCCAGCCAAUCGUUUGUGAAAGAAGUGAAACAAGUGUUAACUUCAGGCGAUGCCGUCUCUUCAAUCAAGUCGGCCACCGCUCUCAACCAACUUCUAUCCAUAUGUCCCAUACAUCCCGCAACUAUGAACGCCACUCUACUAUUAUUUACGCCAACAUCUACUAAAGUGCAAUCGUUUGCCGCGUACAAGACAGAUAUGGAUCAGUUUAAGGCCAGCGCUUACUCGUCGCAAAGACCCACCGCUUUCAUAGUACACGGAUAUACCGAUUACUAUGAGGAGUGCGAUGGCCAGGGAAGGUGCGCCUGGAUGGCUAACAUCAAGAACUAUUUUCUAUCCCAAAAAUACAACGUGAUAGCCGUGGACUGGAAAUCUCCGGCCUCUGCCAUCAAUUACUUUGACGCGGCGUUCAAUACGCAGAUUGUGGGCGCAAUCGUCGCCCGAUUUAUUGAAAAACUGAUGGCAACGGCGGCCACCAAUCCCUAUGAUAUACAUCUGGUGGGUCCCAGUCUCGGGGCACAAGUCUGUGGCUUUAUGGGCAAAAGUGUUCAAUUGAUAACGAAUGGUAAGUCAAAAGUUGGACACAUCACUGGCUUAGAUCCGGCCGGACCUGGAUUUACGGGCAAACGACUGGAUCCCGGAGACGCCAAUCUGGUCACUGUUAUUCACACCAGCGCUGGCAGUGGUCAGCGCGGCUGCGAAAAAAUAUCGGCCGAGUUGGCCAAAGAGAUGGGGACCUCAGGAUUCAAU